GUCAUCAGUGUACCUGCGUACUUUAACUACCGUCAUAGAAGGCGACUAUGGCCGCCGGGGUCAGUGCAGGAUUAAAUGUGCUGCGGCUGAUUAGUGAACCUACGGCCGCUGCUCUGGCUUACGGCCAUCAGCGGUUGAUAGGGAAUAAGACCGUUGGAGGAGACUCAGCGGUGAAUGGGCAUCCGCCAGUGAUUCGGAGUAGCUAUGGUGGAGGAAGUAGAUAUGGGGAAAGAUGCUGGGAGUGCGAUGAACUGGGGCACUAUAAACGCGAUUGUCCGAAUAUGGCAUGCUGGCGCUGCGGUGAAGUUCGGCACUUUAAACUUGAUUGCCGGAAUUACGAUCGCUGGGACGAAUAUCGAGAGAGCUUGAUCAGGCGGGCUGUAGAUGCAGUGGGGAAGAACGUCCCGGUGUCCAAGAUGUGCGGGGGAACUUCCGAUGUCUCUGUUGUGGUCGGGAAGAAUGUCCUGGUGUUCGACAUGGGUGGGGGUACAUUCGACGUCUCCAUUGUCACCAUGAAAGAGGGGACUCAAAACGACUUCACAUUUGUAGUGAAAGCAGUCGCAGGAGACUCACAUCUUGGGGGGACUGAUAUAGACAAACGGCUGCUUCAGCACGUAGCGGAGCAGUUCAGGAGUCAGCUUGAAAGGGAGGAUUUGCUGGUCAAGCCAAGGAUUCGCAAAAAGCUCAACCAGCUGGUCGUGGAUGCGAAACAUGAUCUGUCCGUCAAAACGGAGGCGGAGAUCGACCUGGAUUGUGGUGGUGAUGAUAUCCUCACCGUGAGAUUGGAGCGCACCAAGUUCGAGGCCCUGAACCAAGACCUGUUCCACAGGUGCAUGACGAUCGUCGAACAAGCUCUUCGUGAUGCGAAGAUCAGCAAGGGCGAGAUCUCUGAGGUGCUGCUGGCGGGUGGAUCCACAAGGACUCCAAAAUUGCAAGAGAUGCUGAUGGCAUUCUUCGGCAAGCCCCCCAUCAAGUCUGUCAACCCUGAUGAGGCUGUGGCAUUUGGAGCUGCAGUACAGGCCGGGUUGCUGGCCAGACGAGAUAAGUUCGCAAAGGCAUCCAUAUCCGUUUGUGAUGUCACAUCGGUCAGUAUCGCGGUUGAGACAAGGUUUGGUGUUAUGCAUGUGGUUAUUCCUAGAAACUCUCCCCUUCCAGCAAGUGAAAGUGCGUAUUUUGUUUUACUGGACUUCCAGAAGUCAGCUUGGACGGCGUUGUAUGAAGGUGACCGUGCUCUCUGUCAAAAUAACCGGCUGCUUGGUGAACUCAAGCUGGAUGGUUUCACUCCCUGCCUUGCAACCCUGGAUAGAUCGAUCGAGGCCGUGAUCAAAAUAGACGAGAACGGGAUCCUGCACGCGACAGCAGAGGCGAUUGCAAACCAUGAAGAUAUCGGGAGAAAGGUCGAAACCACCGUUACACUUGAUACGGAUUUUGUGCAGGACUCGGCCAACAUCAGAGAGGAAACGGACUGGUACAUGCCACAAGCAAAAGCGGAGGAUGCAAAGAUCUGGGCAGCUAAAAGUUCUGAGAAUAGGCUGUGGAAGUUGAUCGUAGGGUUGCGAGUCCAAGGUUCAUCCAGCAUGGGCCACACGGAUCUCGAGAAGCAUGUGAGCGAGGCCUGGGCAUGGUUCUCUGAACACAAGGAACUGGCAUUGAAGGAGGAGUACAAUAGGAGAUAUGAAGAGCUGGAGCUCCUUGCUAAGCUACAAAACCUCGCUGUGAUAUAGUCAUCAACCCAGUCAGAGACUUUAAAUCUUGCGAGGUUUUUGUGCGAUGUGGCAAGCUCUCCUGGCAGAACAAGAGAAGCGCUCCUGGAGAGACCUGCCUAAGCGGUUACUAUCGAUGCAGGCUGCACAUCCAUGUAACUCGCAAUUCCGUCAUUUCUUCAGGCGCCAUAUUCUGAGAUAUCAGAGAAGUGAGUGGAUCCAAUCUCUCCUCAACGCAGUGAGUGCGCUCUGCAUGCAGCUAUCUAAGUCAAUCAUCUGGUGUCAAGAGCAUGGUGUGUAUGUUGAACGCAUCUUUAGCUGGAAUAUGUACUCGGCUACUUUGUUUUUCUUUCUUGUUUCUACUACAGUACAACUAAUUGCUGACAUUGCUUGGGAAAAAAAAAAUGGAAAAUGAAAGGAAUGAGGAAAG